AAAUUCAUAAAGCAAGCCUCAUUUUAAGAAUUUCAAAUUUUAAGGUGUAAUUUGACACAUUUAAUUUAAUUAAUUCAGCCAUUCUGGUGCAAAUUUUUCCGUUCCAAAAGAAUACACAAGGCCCGAACCCGAUGACCUGAUCUACAAAUUUCACCAACAUAAUAAAAGUGAGCAAAUACCAAAAUAUCUUCUUCUCGUUAUCUUCUGCAACUCUGUACAAAAAUGGAUACUUGCCUUUCCUCAAACCACUCACCGGAGGCAGUAGACAAGCUGAACAAUUGCGCUGGAAAACCCGCCCCACAAUUUCUCAUAUUCCCACUGUCCUCACCUCCUUGGAAUCUUAUUCGCGGCUCUCCGUUUUCCAGGCAGACUUUAAGCUCGAACCCUUCGAAGGUUGUUCAGGAAGUUCAAAAAUCCAUAGCCUCUAAUGUUGAGAAAUGCCUGAGGAUGAUGGAUAUUUUAAGGGCCCAAAAUAGGGUUCUUGAUAAAGUUCUGUCUUUCUAUGCUCAUAUUCGAAAUGGCUGUCAGCUUCCAAGAAUGAACAAGUGGAAUAUGUCCAUCCCUUCCAAUUCAAAUUUUGCCGCCAUUUUACCUGGUAAUUCAGUAGCUGGAGUUGUUGUAACAAACGGGAUCUCGAAUUUCUUAAACAUCUACAACACCGUGUUGGUUGUGAGGCUCGUCUUGACUUGGUUUCCUAAUGCCCCUCCAGCAAUUGUCAGCCCCCUUAGCACUUUAUGUGAUCCGUACUUGAACAUAUUCCGGGGACUUAUUCCACCACUAGGAGGGCUGGAUUUGUCACCGAUAUUAGCAUUUCUUGUUUUGAAUGCAUUUACAAGUGCGGCUGCUGCACUGCCUGCCGAACUUCCAUCAACAGAAGGAUUGAAAGGUAUUAUUCAAACUCGUGAAAUGGCAUCUUCUUGUCUUACUUCAUCACAGAAGAAGUGGAUGAGGAGGUUUUCUAGAAGCAAAGAAACAAGUUCCAAUGGUGAAGUUUAAGUUCUCUUCUAGUUGUUUGCUUUUCCUUCUUUGUUAUUUUGAAAAGCUAUGUGAUUGUAUUUCGAGAUACAUUGCUCUUUAUAAUAUAUGAAAUUUUAGUUGGGAUUCUGAUUUAUUAUAUGUAUAUAGGAUAAUGAUUUUUCCCAUUACUAAUUUAUCUUGUUUUCAC